CGGUCGCAGAUCUGCGUUAUUUCAGGGAGAACGGAGCCUAAAUCGGGACUCACGGAACCAGAACCGGUACUAAUACCUAGCCGCUGUAACCCGGGACAACCAGGCAGGUGUGUCCGGUGUAACGGCACCGUUAGCGGGUCCGGUUCUGCUGCUGCUGGAGGAUCAAACGUGACAGGAAUCAAAGCGGAUCGAUGGUCUGAGGUUGGUCAGGAUGAUGAUGAACUCUGAGAAGAUGAAGAAGAAACCUCCAAAGGACAGUCUGACUCUGCUGCCAUGUUUCUACUUUGUGGAGCUGCCCAUCGUGGCUUCUUCUAUGGUGUCUCUGUACUUCCUGGAGCUGACCGACGUGGUCCAGCCGGCCCAGGUGGGGUUCCGCUGCCGCGACAGGGAGCUCAGCAUGCCGUACGUGGACGGAGGAGACGAGCUGAUCCCGCUGCUGAUGCUGCUGAGCCUGGCGUUUGCCGGACCCGCUGCCUCGAUCAUGCUGGUUGAAGGUCUCGUCUACUGCCUGCAGUCCAGACUGAAGCUCCGCAGACCCGAAGGAAGCAUCAACGCAGGAGGCUGCAACUUCAACUCCUUCCUGAGGAGGACGGUCCGCUUUGUGGGUGUGCAUGUGUUUGGUCUGUGUGCGACGGCUCUGGUCACUGACAUCAUCCAGCUGUCGACAGGUUACCACGCCCCGUUCUUCCUCACCGUCUGUAAACCUAACUACACUCUUGCCGGAGUCUCCUGCGACAGAAACGCCUACAUCACAAAAGACAUCUGCUCGGGACAUGACCAGCACGCCAUCAUGGCUGCCAGGAAAACAUUCCCUUCUCAGCAUGCAACUCUGUCUGCCUUCGCUGCUGUUUAUGUUUCUAUGUAUUUUAACUCGACCAUCUCCGACAGCACCAAGCUGCUGAAACCCGUCUUGGUUUUUGCCUUCGCCAUCGCAGCGGCGCUGACGGGUCUGACCCAGAUCACGCAGCAUCGCAGCCAUCCCAUCGACGUGUACGUGGGCUUCCUCAUCGGAGCCUUCAUCGCUGCUUAUCUGGCUUUUCAUGCCGUUGCCAACUUCAAGUCCUCUGAUGACAUCUCUUCAGUCCCGCCUCCCUUGCCCCCUAAGGAGGACCCUCUGCGAGCGCUGACAGAGCGGGGACAUGAGUCCGUCUACCACAAGGGCCCCGCCUCCGCCUCAGAGAGUAACGAUGAGAUAGCAGCAAAUCCGGCCCCCAUUGACCGGCUGGAGAGCCUGGGGCCCAUGCAGAGGGAGAAGGACUCAAUGGGGAGCCUGAAGAGGGCCAGCGUGGACGUGGAGCUGCUGGCUCCUCGCAGCCCUAUGGGGAAGGAGACCAUGCUGACCUUCAGUAACACACUGCCGAGAGCUAGCAUGAAUGUUAACGGGGUGCUGGGGGCAAACCCAGGACCGGAGGAUCUCGUGCAGCCGGUGCAGCCGGUGCAGCGGCGUCUGAAGGCUGUGCAGGUUCCCAUGGACCCGAUGCGUUCGCAGCAGCUGGUGUCAGAGUGGAAGCAGAAGUCCAUAGAGAUGAGAGGCCUGAACGUCCGGGACGAGGUGGACCGUGAGGACGGCUCUGAGGGGGGCUCUGAGUUGGGCUCUGUGGGGACAGAUGAGGGGGGGUCUCAGGUCCCCAUCUACCAGCCCACAGUGCAGUCUGGGAGGGCAGCCUCUAGUCGCAACCCCACACCACCUCCUGGGGGCGCUAAAGCUGUGGCAACUCCCAGACCACCCCAGAUCCCUGAAGCAGGACCCCCGCCGGUGUCCCCAAAGAGUGCCCUGACCCGGGCCAAGUGGCUCGCCAUCCGAGAGAAAACGAGCGGAGAGGGGUCAGCCCGCGGUGCCACCAACCAGCCACGACUCAUGCAGGUCAUCGCCAUGUCGAAGCAGCAGGGCCUCCUCCCCUCCUCCUCCUCGGGGGAGAAAACCUCUGAGACCACCUCCACCUGCUCCGGCACCUCCUCCACCACUGACUCUCCGCACUAUCGCACACCCUCCGAGCAGCAGAGGGAGGGGUUGGGAAUCAUCACGGUGGAUGCCCACGCCCCUCACCAUCCUGUCGUACAGGCCCCACACCCUCCUCAGGUCCCGACCCUCGCAGGCAACGGUAACCCGUGGGAGUGGGCGGGGGCGUCCAACGCUGGCGACCCGCGAGACACUUAUGACCUCAACAGCCUGAACCGGGGAGACUCCGCCGCCCACGGAAGCAGCUUCAGGCCGCACCGAUCCGCCUCGCCACGUGCCGCAAUUGACCCCGACCUGGCCCUGCCCCCACCUCACCCCCAGGUGGAAAUGUCAGCGGAUACUCAGCGCAGGGAGAUGGCCAUGAGACGCAAGACGGCGCUAGUUCUGUUGGAUCGAGAGAUUCGUAACCAGACUGAACAGGAGAACUAUUACAAGAGCUUGCAGGGACGAAGGUUCAAGGAUUAGUCUCACACCUUUCAAAACAAAAGCCUUAUUUUGAAACUGGUCAGUAACAGCACAGGACCUGGAGCGCAGUGAGGACCAUGAUGCAAUGCAGUUCUUGGGCUUCAUGUGAUGGAAAGUUUCCACCCAUCAGGGUCAGGCUUGAUUCUCUGUGGCUCAACACUCCGGAUAGUUUUCUCUCAAAAUAAAAUGCAUCUGUGUUUUAACAGACACCCAGAUCUCCUGCAGGAUCAGCCCUGUUCAUUUGUCCGAUGGUGCCCACCACAGAGUGGCACAGUGAAAUUUAUGGUAAGAAGAAGAAUUCAAUUUUAAGCAUCUUUCAUGCAACCCAAAGACACUUUACAUACGGAAAACAAGCCAAAACUACACCCACAAAAUGCUCGAGUCUUAGGUGUACAUUUAAAUACAGAAGCUGAC